GGUCUUUUGGGCACAGCCAUGGAGGCCAGCCAAGGGCAGGCAGUGCCAGGCCAAGGGAAAGCCCUCAAGGCCGCCCAGCCUGUUUACAACCAAGCCAAGAGGGCAGCCCUUCCAUCUUCUCCUUGGAGCAGGUCCUCCACUACCACCAAAGAAGAAGAAAAGGAAGGGGAGGAAGGGGUCCUCUUGGCCCAUUGGCUCUUCCGGGGCUUGCCCCCCAAUGUGGCUUCUUUCCUCCACACGGGCAACCCACGGGCCCUGAGGCGUGCCAACUGCUCUGGGCACUAUGAACUGGCCAACUGGGCUGGGAGGCCACGUUUGAUGGCUUCACACCCUCCUCUCCAGGGUGCCCUGGAUUCUCUCCUCCAUGCCACCAACUUUCUCAACACAGUCCUUCAAAGCAAUAAGUCCCUGGAGCAGAACUUGCAGGAGGACAUCGAGUGGUAUCAAGUUCUGAUCCGAAGCCUGCUGGAAGGGGAUCCCAACAUCUCCAAGGCAGCCCUCACCUUUAGCCUGGAGCCCUCGUCCUCAGCGCCUCAGGUCUUCCUCCAAGCCAGCCGGCAAGACAGCCAGAUCCUGCUACAGGACUUGUCUUCGGCCAAUGCCACUGGUGAGACCGAGUGGUUCCACAGCUUGAGGCGCAAGUGGAGGCCGCACCACCACCGGAAGGGUGCCAGUUCUGGUGCCAAGGCUUGGGAGAACACCUUGAGAAAGAAGGGCAACCACCCUGUGGAGAAGAGCCAUGUCCAGUGGUCCCCUCCUUACCUGGAGUGUGAGAAUGGAAAUUACAAACCUGCCUGGCUGGUGACCCUUUCUGCAGCUUUUUAUGGGCUGCAGCCAAACCUCCUGCCAGAAUUCAGGGGUGUCGUAAAAGUGGACAUAAACCUGCAGAAAGUGGACAUUGACCAAUGUUCUAAUGAAGGCUGGUUUUCAGGAACUCACACAUGCCAUUUAAAUAGCACUGAGUGUAUGCCAAUUAAAGGCCUUGGAUUUGUACUUGGAGCCUACACAUGCAUUUGUAAAGCUGGAUUCUAUAAUCCCAAAAUAUUUUCAAUGAACAGCUUUCACAGAAAGAAUGCAGAGAGCCAUUUUUCUGGAGGCGAGAUGUCUGGGGAAGUCUAUGCCUGCUUGCCCUGCAGGGAAGGAUGUUCAUACUGUACAGAUGACACUCCCUGCUAUGCACAGGAGGACAAAUAUUUACGGCUUGCUAUCAUCUCAUUCCAAACUCUCUGUAUGCUGUUGGACUUCAUAAGCAUGCUUGUGGUCUACCGUUUUCGCAAAGCAAAGAGCAUUAAGGCAUCAGGACUUAUUCUCUUGGAGACUAUCCUGUUUGGGUCAUUGUUUCUUUAUUUCCCGGUCAUCAUUUUAUACUUUGAACCAAGCAUAUUUCGCUGUAUUCUCCUAAGAUGGGUUCGUCUUUUGGGAUUUACAACUGUUUAUGGAACUGUUACACUCAAGCUGCACAGGGUUUUGAAAGUGUUCCUUUCCCGAACGGUUCAACGAAUUCCGUACAUGACAGGUGCACGAGUGAUGAAGAUGCUGGCUGUGAUUUUUCUGGUAGUGGUUUGGUUCCUUAUAGGCUGGACCUCUGCAGUCUGCCAAAAUUUGGAGAGAAACAUUUCACUUGUCGGUCAAGGGCAAACAUCGGAUCAUCUGAUCUUCAAUAUGUGCCUGGUGGACCGGUGGGAUUAUAUGAUGGCUAUUGCUGAAUUUGUAUUCCUCUUGUGGGGUGUUUAUCUCUGCUAUGCAGUGCGGACAGUACCCUCAGCGUUCCAUGAGCCACGUUAUAUGGCUGUUGCAGUUCACAUUGAGCUCAUUAUAUCUGCUAUAUUCCAUACAAUCAGGUUUAGUCUUGCCUCAAGACUUCAGUCUGAUUGGAUGCUGAUGCUGUUCUUUGCACACACACACUUGACUGUGACAGUCACCAUUGGAUUACUUCUCGUCCCGAAGUUUUCCCAUUCAAGCAAUAAUCCAAGAGAUGAUAUAGCUACUGAAGCAUAUGAAGAUGAACUUGACAUGAGAAGGUCUGGAUCAUAUUUAAACAGCAGCAUCAAUUCAGCUUGGAGUGAGCACAGUUUGGACCCAGAAGAUAUUAGGGAUGAACUGAAGAAAUUGUAUGCCCAGCUAGAGAUCUAUAAGAGGAAAAAGAUGAUCACCAACAAUCCUCACCUCCAGAAAAAGAGGUGCUCCAAAAAGGGCUUGGGUCGUUCAAUUAUGCGAAGAAUUACUGAAAUCCCCGAGACAGUCACCAGACAGUGCUCACGGGAAGAAAAGGACCUUUUGGAGCAUGGAGUUUCAAAGAAUCCUGCUGUAACAAAGAAAAACCCACCAGAUUCUGGUGGGCACAUCAAGCCAAAGGAGGAAUCAUUGAGAAACAGAGUCUUCUCAUUGAAAAAGUCUCACAGCACUUACGACCACGUGCGAGACCCAACGGAAGAGUCAAAUAGCUUAACUACAGAAAGUGUGGAAGUCAUAACAGCUACAGAGAACUCCUUGCUGGAUUCUCUCCCAGGGAAAAAAACUACCAAAAAAGCAGUGGAAAAAAAUGAAGCUGUGCCCACUGAAAAUGUCCCUUUAGUGUGUAAAUCAGUGAGCGCUCAUAAUUUAAGUGCAGACAAGAAACCCCUCCACCCGAGAACAUCUGUGUUACAGAAAUCGCUUAGUGUUAUUGCCAGUGCCAAAGAGAAAACACUGGGGUUAGCAGGGAAAGUGCAGAAUGAAGAAAGCAGCAAAUCCCACAAGUCUCAACAAAAGGGCAAAGAGACAAGCAAAAAGCAGUCAGGCUCAGAGAAAAAUGACUCUAAAGAUUCCCAUAGAAAAAACUCUGCCCACACAGAAGAGUCAAGGAAGCCUCACAAAUCAGGCAUAAUGAAGCAACAGAGAUCCAACCAGACCUCUGGAAAUCCUGAUGCAGGAGCAGGUAAGUCUCAGCAGAAGAAUAAUGUUGAUAUAGGAGACGUUUGCCCUUGGGAAGUAUAUAACCAGAGCCCAGGGACAGGGGCUUCUGAUUCUAAAGUUCAAAAGCAUGUGUCCAUUGCUUCCUCUGAAUCUGAGAAACACCAGCUGAAAGGCAAAGCUUCUGAAGGUCAUCAGCUACCCAAUCAAAAGAGCACAGAUAGAUGUGAAGUUUGCCCCUGGGAAACCCAAGUAGAAGUUGUGGAAGAGCAGAAAAAACAUUUGAGCCCCAAGUCUCAACAGGAAGCUCCUGGACUCAAAGGUGAAAAUGUUAAUAAACAUUAUGUCACAGAGGUUUGCGGUGAAGAUCCCAAGGAACAGAUCCAAAAGGCCACCACACAAACCGUAGAGAAAGAUUUUCUCAAUAAACUGGGAGAUCAGACCAAAAGUACAUCCACUUCUCCAGCGGGGAGAAUGCUUCCCUCUGAUUCUACUAAGUCAACAACUAGUAACUCACAGAAACCCUUAACAUCUCGGGUAGAUGUCUGUCCCUGGGAGUUUGAGACGCCAGAGUUACCAAAAGUGGAAAAAAGUAUAGCUUUAUCAAAUGCAACCAGUUUAAGCUCAAAUAAAACAUCCACACAUCACAAAUAAGAGGACUUGGACUGUGAAAAAAGAGACAGAGGGCAUAAAAGAGGGAGAAAGGCCAGAAGGAGCUGCAGGUUCCAAAGAAGCAUCACUUAACCAGGUGAUGAGCAUGUUGAACAUGUAGGAACUAGGCAAAGUCAGUUGUAUCUUGUUUGUCUGUUUAUCAUUGAGUGCCAACAGUGUUAUCAGUGUGAUCCAGGCCCAAUACAGUUCCUUCUCCUAGUUCCUAAAGAGUUUACAUUCCAGAUGAAUGAAACCAUGCCUUUAGAAUUUUAUUUUAUAUUUUAUUUUUGCAAAAUGUAUGGGCUUGGGAAGUAGUAAUUUUAAAGUACCUGAAAUCAAGUGUAAUUAUUCCUGAAGGCCCUAUGUUGGCUGCAAGUGGGCAUGAAUUCAUUAAAUACCAUAUUAUCUAAUGGAGUUGUUCUAAAAAGCUUUGAAUCAGAUGCAUAAUACCAGUGAGACUUUAAGUAAAUAGAUGAUUGGGAUAACUACUAUACCAGUGAGCAACUUCCAGAAACAAAAGUGAUGACUUUUCACAUUCUUUCAUCUCUAGCCUUGAUAGCACUGCUAAUGUACUGCAUCCCCCAGUUAUAUUUUUAUAUGAUUGCUCCCAUUUUUCUUAUAAAUGUACGUACUCUGUUGUGUCUCAUGUUAAAGCAUUCCAGUUUCUAUAAUGUUUGCAAAUAACUUUGAUAUGAUUAUGUGGCACAACACAUUUAUGCAAUCUGCAGAUAAUCUAAUGUUGCAUUUUUUAAAAAAGCAGCUCUAGACAUUUGUUUAUUUCUAGGAUGUUUUGCAAGCUCCCACUGGCUCAUGAAGCCAUAAGAAAAACACUGGGGUUUUUUCUGUUGUGGUUUCUGUUGUGGGUUUGUUGUUUUACUCUGUUACUUCCAAUUAUGAUUUAAUACUGUAUGAUUCAGGGGUUUUAUACGAGGUAUGUUUCAUGUCUUGCACUUGUCCAUUUAUGAUCUUUACUAGCAGAAGCCGUCACCAUAGGGGGAUGCAUACUCUGAUAAUCAUGGUGGUAUUUCUAUAGAAACAAGGCACUGUUCCAAAAUAAAUCUGAAAACAACAUAUCUGUUGUUUCUCAGAAAACUGGGAAACAUUGUUUAGCAUUCCAGAGGUACUGCUUUAAUAAUUCCUCAUCGUGAUCUUGCUCAGUGUUUUACACUGAGCACAUUAGAAGGGAAGAAAAAUGUUGAAGGUAGAAAAUAUAUUCUGAUGAGUGUGUAUACCUUUCUUUUUUCUUUUUUGAUAAUACUGUCAGAAUUCAUUUUAGGAAGCGGUUUUAACUUGCGAGGCCUUGUUUAUCAUAUUGUUAAAUUUAAAAGAUCAGAAAGUGAGGAGACCUCCCUGACCUUAUCUACACCAAUUAAGAAAGUGAGUGACAGGAAAAUGAAGGCAGGGGAUUCCCAUUCUUUAUUAAGCACUUGCUGAGAAUUUGUACAGCCAGAUCCUAUGCAUGUUUACUCAGAAACAAGCUCUGUUGAGUUCAGUGGAGUUUGCUCCCAAGUAAACUUGCAGAUUAAGGAUUGCAGCCUUAAUCUGCUGAAUGUUUUGUAAACCUUAUUAUUAAUCAUUUUAUAGCACUUUUAAUGUUGAUAAAUACCUUAUAGUCUACCUUACCUCCAUCCCCCAUCCCAUUGCUGACCAUGGUUGCCAGUGUCUGACCUAGAUAUUGUCACUGUUGCUUUAACACCAGAUCUGUCACCCAGCAUUCUAGAAAUGCAUCCCUAAUCCCAAUGCUACAGCUGUGCAGCGAUUCAUUUCAUUAUCUUGUUACUAGCAAGACUCCAGU